AAUGUCAGUCAUUAUCAGUUUCAUCGGCCAGUGACACCGUCGCCUGCCUCUUCUCCCCGAAAGUAUUACCUUGAAUAUUUGUGAUUUGUUUGUGCAGGUUUCACGAUGUACACCACUUGUGUGAUAUGGUUGGCGUUUGUUCCUCUGUACUUCGGUACGGGAAACAAUAUGGCUUUGAGAAUCACCUCAAUGUCAGUCACUAUCAGUCUCUCGGCCACUGUCACCGUUGCCUGCCUCUUCUCCCCGAAGCUUUACAUAAUUCUGAUCCGGCCAGAACGCAACGUACGCCAGAGUAUGAUGCCUAGUGCUCGUCACCAUGGUGCGGUCAAAUCUGGAACUAGCGCUAGUGUGGUGGUGGGGGCAGCUCAUGUUGCGCAAGCUCACGACUCCAUCAUUCGACCCAGCACUACUGACGUCACAAUGAUGUCCAAGACUGAAGACAAGGCGAUGCCAGAUGUGCUGAGGGUGAGCCGAUCCACGCAAACGCUGAGCCAGCAGUCGGAGCCUCUCAGCAACGGUCUGAGCAGUGACGUGGUCACGUGUGACGGCCUCUAGCAGGAGAGGGGGGUGUCGAAGUGUGUCGGCACUAGAGGGCGAAGUCGGAGCAAGCGCCACAAGCGUCAACCUGUAUUCGUCUAAAGAAAUGGAAGCAAGCACUUCCUUGCAAAUCUUCAGGCCAAUGAUGAAUACUUUAAAUGUACACCUAUAUUGCUUUGUAAACUGAUUUUUGUUGCAAUAUGAAUAACCAUCCAUCUGUUUAGUGGUUUUGUCAUCACCGAUGAAUAUUGUCAAACUAUUUAUAGUUUAAAUGAUAAAGAGGGGUUUCCUGAAAGAAUUCCAAAAAGGCGACAGGCUCUUAUGAUUACCCAAAUAACAACAUAUCAGUCAUAAAAAAUAUCAUAUCGAGUAUUAUUGUUGUUUCUCUAAAUCGCUCAAUACUUUACGUAAAUGAUUUAUAGUUUAGUGUUUUUUACGAUCAAUUGUAAAUUAUUUAUGUUGUUACAGGAUAUCUCUUUAGUACUUUUUGUAAAUAUUUGAUUUUUAUAAUUUUUUACAUAAUUAGUUAGUAACUUUAUAUAACGUACCGGUACUCUUCUAGUUUAUUAUAGUGACAUAAUGCGUUUAUCUU